AUGGCGCUGAGUGAUGAAGAUCGACAGCGAUGUAAUGCAUGUUUGCAGAAGCUCGAUGAAACGAAACGAACGUGUUUGCAAUCGAUUGAAUACUUAAUCGAACAACAGCGUGAGAUUGAUGAAUGUAUUGCUGAUCUGAAAUCGACGAAAUCUCAUGCGCAAGAAAUCAAUAAGAAAAUUACGGAAUUAAAUCGAAUCUCUUGUUUAAAAUUGUGCUGUUCGAAAGCAAAGGCAUUUUCAUUUGAAACAAAUGUUCAUGAUGACAAUCAUUUACUUAUUUUACCAUUCUCACGUAAUCAAUCGAGUGUCAAUGGUUUGAAUGAAUUAGAAAGAGAUUUCGAAUUCGGAAAAAUCUUCGAAUCAAUGAAGUCAUCGUCUAUGUCGAAACAUUUUUCAACUAAGGAUGAAUUUGAUCAUAUUUUACAAGAGGAAUAUUCUUUACUUUUAGAAUUAGCGAAAAAACUAACAAAAUGCAUACAAAUUCUGCAUGAUACCAUUGAAUUUCUUGGCACUGAUAUCAGAUGUACAUUAGAACAUAUGCAAAUAGCUCAGCCACGAAUGCAACAGUUAUUGCAAAAGAAACUACCAUUAGCAUUUGCUCAAAUACAAAAACAUUCGAUGAUUUAG